CGCCGAACAACAACACAAGCACACUUGUGUGCCGAAUUUUUAAACAAAACUGUUUAUUGUUAACAAAAUCGGCUGCAGCGCUGAAUAAAAAAAAACAGAAAGAGUGCAAAGCCAAUCGAGUAGUUCUUAAAAAAGAGCGAAACGCAAGCGAAAAAAAAGUUCGAACCGCGCCGAGUUAACCGUAAGCCGUAAGCCAAAAGAAAACGAAAAACCAGUUAUGUAUUCGCCCCAAGUUCGCGCAGUGUUUCCUUUUUGUGGAGCCAAAGAGUUGAAAAAUGUAUGAAAAAUGUUAAUGAAAGUGUCGUGAAAUGCGCCCCCAAGUGGAGUUUUAAGCGCUAAUUGUUGAUUUGGUGGCAGACACAAGAGCAGCCAUCACCUAGCUUGGCCGGACCAGGCCCCGUUUUUGGUUACAGUUAAGUCCGAUUUCAUGCGAAUCUCUUGCCAACUUAAAUUUUAAUUGUGCAACAACAACAAUACGGAAAACAACAACAGCAGCAGCAAUAGCAGCAGCUGAAAAAAAACCAACAAUUGGCACAAUUGGCGAUAAAUCAGCAAGCCGCAGCAGCAGCAGCGACAGCAGCAACAACGUCAUCAAAACGCAACGCUGACAGCAAAGAAGAAGACGCCGAAGACAAAGAGUAGAAGGAGAAAUAACGGUGUGAACUUCAGCAGACGCAGCAGGAAAAAACAAAGAAAAAGCAACAAAACAAACGAAAGAAACGAAACAGCAAACUGCAGCGGGAAGAAAGGGAAAACGAAGACGAAGACGAAUCAACAAAAAAAACGAACAGCGAAGCAGCAGAAGACGCAGAAGUGCAUAGAGCAGGACACUUGCAUAUCGAUUUGGCGAUUCGCUGGAGAGGAGACUAUUUUUAGUGAUAUCCUCCCAGUAUCUUGGAGCCCCACAGUUCCAGGCAGUUUGUUGACAGGCAGCUGCAGGCCAGCAGCAGGGGAAUGUGGCAGAAUGUGGCCAUGUAGGCAGCCCUAGACACUGAAAACAGCAAAAACAACAAAUAAGAGGGGGAAGGAAGCAAGCGUAGCCCAAGCCCAAGCCCUAGCCACUUGACAGCCACUUGGCAUUCAGGCAGCAGCAGCAGCAGCAGCAGCAGCGGCAGCAACACCAGCGAACCAUAACCAGGCAGACCGGAAAAGCGUCGAUGAGUUGAGGCCUCCAACCUCUCUCAUCCUCAUCACCCCCCACCCCUUCUCCACUACCUGUACCCUUGCUGGUGCUUUGAAAGCUGAAACUGGAACUGGUAACCCGUCCUACACCACCGUCGUCCCCUGGCUACAAUGGACGCAUCGCCCACAUCCCCUGCGGCAGCUUCUGCACUGGUGUCGGGCAGGUCAUUGGACCAGCAGGUGGACGCCUCGCCCAAUCACUCGAACUACUCGAAUCUCACCAACAACAGCGGCAGCAGCCCAAGUGGGAGCAGCGUCUGCAGUCCCUCCACCACAUCCUCAUCCUCGUCGGCGCCCCAAUACAGCGAGGACCUACGUGCGGCAGCCGCUCGUAAUCCCAAUCCAACUCAGAAUCUAAAUCAGAGUCGGAGUCUCAGCGGAUCGGCGGGCACAGGCACAGGCUCAUCGUCGGCGGGCAAGACCUGCGAGGUGGAUGUGGGCGAGGAGGAGCGCGACACCUUCUCGCCAGUCUCCAGUCCGGACUGCAACGGAGCAGCCUCCGCUCUGGGCGCAGAGGUUCUUGCCUCCGGCAGCGACACGGGUCUGGACAAUAAAAUCUUCGAGGGAGGCAGCGGCAGUGGCAGCAGCAAGUCGAAACCGGCAUCCAAAGAGGAGAAGCAGCGCCAAAACGAGGAGAUUGUGUGCAUGGAAACCUCCACAGUGUCCACAGAGACGGGCUCCUGGGAGUCGAUGUAUCCAGUGGCCAUAGAUGCGCCUCCUCCAGCACCAUCAGCGCCCGAGGAGGAUGAGACAAUGGAAGCGGAGACGAGCUGCGUCUUCAAAGGCAUCAGCGCCAGUUGUCUGUUGCGGGAUCUGGAGAAGCGGGAUCAGCCGCUGUCUACAUCCGGGACGAGUGCGUGCUUCAUAGACGCCUCCUCGCUGCGCGACGAAGAUGAAGUGCUGUCCUUUCCCAGUCUCGAUGGACAUGCACAGGAAGAGGAGAACGAGAACGAGAACGAGCACGAGCACGAAGCGGAGGCAGAAGCAGGGCCUGACGACCACGAGCAGGAGGGAGCACAGGAAGCUUCGCCGACACAGCAGCUGGAGCAGUUCCACAAGGCCUUUGCCAGGUGCAAAGGUUCGAGCCUGAGCCAUGGCCGCAGCAGCUCCAACGAUGCCGAUUCCUCCGACUCCUCGCUCAGCGUCAAGAUGCGACGAGAGCAGGAGGAACAGGAGCGCCCAAUGGCUGCCAUGAGCGGCGGCAGUGGAGGUCCCUACAGCUUCCAGCACAAUGCUCAGCACUUUAGUGUGCACCCAUUGGGUAGCAGUCCGAAGUUUGCGACCCACCACCACCACUCGAACAUCCACCAGAGCCACCACAACAAUGGACAGCCCGAUCUCAGCUACACCACGGACUACUCGUCCAGCAGCCCGGCUCCCAGUUUGGUGUGGUCGGAGCACAGCAGAGCCACGCAUGCGCCGCACUCUUCCGCCUCGGUCUCUGCUUCGACGCCACACAACUCGAUGGUGCACAUAGAGCCAGCCUCGGGCAGCAACAACAGCUCCAUUCACAGAGAUUACACGUUGUCCUCGUCGCUGUCGCAUCAUCGCGACUCGGGCGCCUACUGCAGCGAUGCCACAGACUCGCCGUUGCCCCUGCCGCGCACCCCGAAGCGUAGCUCCAAGUUUGAUGAGGCCAAUCCUAUAGUGUCGGGCGGUGCCUCCAUCGAGGACUUUAGGCAGAAGCAGUGCGAGAGUCCCAGCAUCAAGCGGCGCACGGACACCUGCCCCAUUGUGUCCGGUGGCUUUGUCUCGCUGGACUUUGCACCCACGCGUCCCCUGCAGGACGACGAUGAGGAUGACGAUGAUGCCGAUGAUGCGGAAAUCUCUGGGGUGGAAAUGCGCGUCAAGUCGGGCAACCAAGGCUCGGGUUUGCAGCGGAAAGCGGUGACUGGCAUCGCCUCUUGGGUGGUGGACAUGAGCGACUGUCGACCGGAGCGGCGUCGCAGCACCAGCAGCACCACCUCCAGCUUCCGCGAGCGCUCCGAUUCGAAUAGUUCGCACAAGAGCGGCUGCGGGUUCUACGUUUCCCUGGAUGAUAUGGAUCGGAAGCCGCAGGAGCCACAGCCACAGGCUAAGCCACAGCCACAGCCAGCAUCGCAGCUCAGCAAAUCCUACACGGCACCCAAGUCCGCUGGCUUCUUUGUAAAUCUCUCUCAGAACGAGGCGGAGGAGGAGGUGCAGCCAAAGGCAACGGAGGAGAAGCAACAGCAGCAGUCGGAGCAGAAGAACAUCUUCAGCAUGUUCAUUGACAUUGGCGGCGAGCAGAAGACACCACGCGGAGCCCCAAAUGGACGCAAGGAGCCACUCAGCUUGGCCCAACGUUUGUCCAGCUCGUUGAGCGCAUCCUCCGCUGCUGUCCAGCGACGCGUUGAGCUGGUUGGCGAUGUGAUGAAGUCCAGUGCUAGCUCAACGGAGACUCUGAUGGCCAAGAGUGCCACACAGAAGGAGCUGCUGGUGCAGGCUGGCGCGGGAGAAAGCAAAUCCCUGGACUACAGAUGCAAUCUCGAUCCACCACUGACUGUGGCUGCGCUGCGUCGCAUCUCCCAGCAGCAGCGACAGCAGCAGCAGAGCGAUGCCACGAAGCGGCACAGCUGGGGCAGCAAUGGGAAUCCGGAGCACGGAGAAGUAGGCAACGACUGCAAACGUUCCAUCAGUCUGACAGCCAACGGAGUAAACGGCAACGACUCUGGUGCGGGUCUGAUGAGCAUCAUUGACAAGCUGCCAAUCAUUUCGAAGGCUUCCUCCCUGUCGGUGGACAGUUCCCUCUCCCCCUACGACGACUACAGCGGCGGCUCCAACGCGGGUGGGCUGAGCAGUUGCUCCGACGAGGAGCAGCAGCAGCAGCAGCAGCAACUGGUGGGUGGACGCCUGAAGAAGCGGCGCUGCGAUGCGAAGCUGAAUGAGACAUACGACAAGAGCAGCAUGGCCUCUGUCACUGAGGGAGUGCUGUCCAAGGAUAUGUCGCCAGCAUCCAACACGGACACGGAUGAUCUCACCUUCCAGCAGGACGAGCAGUUGGCACAGCAGCAGGCGCAGGCACAGGCACAGACACAGGCACAGGAGCAGCAUCCCCUGAUUCCCGUGCAGCUGAGCAGCAGCUCGAAUCGCACCAGCGUCAUGGAUACCAUCAUUGAAGCCAAGGAAACAGCCUCGCCCAAGAAAACAGCCUCGAUCACCAAUGGCCACACCAUGGAGUCGCUGCAUGCCACCAUUGAGAAGCAAAAGCAACUCCUGGAGACGGUCAACGAGCACGGCGAACAGCAGCAGAAGCAGGCGGCACCAGCUGCCUCCGCUUUUGUGAAGCUCUCGGAUAUGGAUAAGCCCGUGAAGCAUGAUCUCCAGUCGCCGGAUUCGAUGAGCAAGAGCGUUGGCAACAACCAUCGCAACAGCCACAGCUCACAGCUGGGCCAGCGCCUCUACCGGGAUGAGAACAAGGGGCGUCCACACUCGUGGGCCAUGACCCGAUCCACGGGCAACAGUUUGCAGAACUUUACCAAUUCGGUGGACAACAUACGCAGCCUGUCGCGGCUGUUCCCUAAUUUCUCCAAGGAGUUCUCCAAUUCCCUGCCCAACGACAUGACGCUGGAGCAUGCACAGGCGCAACAGCAGCAGCAGCAGCAGCAGGUGGACUACAUACAGACCGAUCUCAGUGCCGACUCCAGCCUGGCCUCGAGUUUCAGCCGAUCGGGCAUGGACGAGUCUUCCAUUAGCUGCCGUCAGCCGCGUCGCCUCGGCGAGGAUCUGCUCAAGAUGUUCCUGCAGGAGAUUGCCACAGAUAUGCUCGUGGAGGUGCAUGGCCGUCGCAUUCGUGCCCACAAGUGCAUCCUGCGCUCCCGCUGCCAGUACUUUGCAGCCAUGCUGGCCGGCCAUGGCUCCCAGAGUGUGGUCUCCCUGCAGGGCUACUCCUAUGCGGCCGUGCACUUUGCCCUGUGCCACAUCUACUCGGGUGCCUCGCAUCCACCGGACGGCAUCAGUCUCAUGGAGCUGGCAGCACUCGCCGAUCUGCUGGGACUGGAGGGACUCAAGGAGGUCACUUCGCAUGCGCUCAAAACGAAUUACUGCCACAACUUCCACAAGCCGUGCUCCGGCUGCAUCGAUGGCAUACUGCAGGUGCUGCCCGUGGCUCUCAAUCAUGCGCUGGACGAUCUCUAUCGCAAGUGCCUGCGCUGGACCUGUCGCCACUACCUCAAGGUGUGGCCCACCCGUCAGUUUGCACAGCUGCCGCCGGAUAUUUUGGGACGUUGUCGUCAGCAGAUCAUUGCCUAUAUGACCUCGGAGACGGUGCUGGACACGGUGCUCGAUUGUGAGCAUUUGCUGGCGCAGCUUUCGGCCUAUCGCUGGGGACACGUCUGCGAGCAGCUGGUGCGGGACAUACUGGAUGCUGCACACGCCUAUGUGGGCGAUCACUUUGCCAGCCUCAUUGCCAGCGAUGCCUUCUUGUCGCUGGGCCACGAUCGGAGUCGCCACAUUCCCCAUCUGGAGGCGCUGCUGCGGCAGGCCGCCUCUGAGUUGACGCCGGAGCAGGCAUGCCGCAGCUACCAGCGCGUGACGCGGCUCAAUGCGGUGCUGCGUGCCAAGCUGCACAAUGUGCCGGGUAAUCUGAGCGAGCUGGUGCAGGAGCUGCACGGUCUGCAGGAGGAAGAGCAGCUCGACUGGAAGCCGGACUAUGUGCGUUUGGUCUGCGCUUUGGUCUACACCGUCGAGCAGUGCCUGAUCCGACAAUGUUCGCGUGCGAUGCGCGUGACUGCUUGGCAGCGCAUGGACCUGGAGCUGCGCAAGAAGAUCCAAGGCAUGGCCCGGCUCACGGAACCGCUGGACAUGAAGCGGCAGGGCGGCAAGGCGGUGGGCAAGGCCUUCUCCUUUGGCGGCAGCACACGCAGCCAGGAUUUGGUGCAGAUAAAGCUGGCCAUUCAGGCGCAAUCAAAGCGUGCCCACGCCCAGGAGACACACAUGUACAAGGCCACCCAGACACAGGAUGCGGCAGCAGCCACCCAUCAUGUGCAGACAGCGGAUCGUGGCGUGCAGGCCAAUCACGAUGGCCGGGAGGCUGGCAGCAGCAAAUUGCUCAAGUCAAAUUCGCGCGCCCAUGUGCCGCAUCGUGCAGCCUCACAGGUUGCCUCUGAGCGUAACAGCAUCAAUCUGCAUCGACGCACGCAGUCCGAGGCGCCGCCAGUUACGCAACACAAAAAGACAGCAGCAGCAGCGGCAGCGGCUCCUACUGCAGCUGAGGCGAAGGCAAAGCCAACGGCAGCACCGCGCUUAGGCGAGAUUCGACCCCGCUACUUGGAGCCGCGCAAGCCGAGAGCCACGCUUGGACCCAGUGGACCCGUGCGCAGUGCCACCAGUUCGGGCAUACCCGCCAGUGGAGGAGCAAGGAAAGCGCCAGCCAAGAAUCUGCACAUCUCCUCCAGCGACAGUUCGAGGAACUCGAGUCCGGCGGCCACGCGACGAGUGCAGAAUGGCAAUGCCACGCGGCUGGGCAACAAGUCCAGCAAUCUGUCCAUGGACAGCCUCUCCUCACCGGCCAGACGGGCCAAGAGCAGCUCACGCGCCCCCACCAACGACAGAUACUCAUCCGAUCAGAAUGUGGACUCGCUGGCGGAGAGCAUGAAGAGCUCCGUCAUCACCAAUAAAACGAUCUCACACGAAUCCCUAUCGGGCAGCUCGAAGCUGGCCCGCAUACAGCAGCUAAAUGGCCACACGGCGGGCGCCAAGCCAUCGACAGCAGGCAAGACGAAGCCGCUGCAGCGUGGCUCCACGGUGGGCAAUAAGUCGACGCGGCAGCUCAAGCAGCAGCACAAUGCAGUGGCCUCGAAUGGGUCGAGUCCCAGUUCGGUGCACACGACCAAGUCGGCCACCAGUCGCCUGUCCUCCGUCAGCAGUACGCUCUCCACACGCGAGCUGUUCAAGCAGCGCUCUAUUUCGGUGCCAGCAGGUGGCACAGAGGCGGCACCAGGCAACAAGGGACGCCCCAGCUUCCUGUCGGCCAAGUCGCGCGAGAUACUGGCCAAGCGGGCAGAGAAGAACAAGCUCCAGCAGCAGCAGCAGCAGCAGCAGCAACAGCAACAGAAGCAAUCCUCUUCGGCUGUCGAAAGUUUGGGGGAUGAGCGCGGAUCGCAUCAUCUGCGCUCGUCGGCGGGCCCCCUACGCUCCUCCUCACAUUCCGCUGUGGCCAGCAUGCUGCAGCAGCACAAUCUGCGCAACAGUCUGCCCUCCAAUAUACCCACACGACGUCCCAACACGCUGCAGCUGAAGAAGACCACCGCCGUCUCGAACGGCAUGGCCACCAAGGUGACCACCAACGGCAUCAAUGGCACGUACAAGGCGGCCCAAGCGGUCAAGCAGAAGCUGGACUUGCUCAUCGAUGCUCAGUUGGAGGGGGCGCACAUGCCCCAGGAGCGAGUUGAAUCGAAGCUGGAGCGUUCCAGCACCUUCUGCAAGGAUAGCGCUGAUCUGGAUAUUAGCGAACUACAAAUUGUGGAGUAAAGAACAAGAGAACAGACAGCAAACGAAUGAGGUCGUAUCAAAUAUGACCCCAGACAGACCCAGUCCCCCCGCAGAACCGUACACGUCCCAUAAGGCAAACACUAGUCAAUAAUCUAGCAUGCGGCUGCCGUUGCAGUUGGUAGUUGGAGAGCAUGAAACCAUUUAACCAUAACAAUAAAUACAAUAAUUAUUAAACAAGAAGACAAAAAUAUGUUAACUACUAGCCCUCCCCCCACAAACAACAAGAAGCGAAACAAAUUGUGAAUCAAAUGGCGGCAGCAACAAUUACGGAAAUCCGCAUAAAAAUAUAAUUAAUGUAAUUGCUACUUAGAGCAGAAAACAAAAGAGUUUAUUGCCACGCCCACACCACCCACUUCCACAACUACUCCAAGAAAUAAUUGUAUUGUGUAUUAGCUUAUUACGAUAUCGGAAACGAGCAGCGGAGAGGGCCAGCAAAAGGAUUAGAACAGAUAAAGAAACAAAGAAUGGAAUGGAAAAAUGGAAUAACAAAUAUUUGGUGAUAUUAUUUAGAGUGCGCUUUACUCGUAAUGUUUAUGUUAAAUGCUAAUCGAAAAGUGCUUAUAUUACAGAAUAUCCAAAAUC